UGAUGAUGUUUCUGAUGGAUGAUACGCGAAGUGUUAUUGUUCGCAUAAUAAAUUUUCAUAAAAAAAAGUGCUGCGAAUAUAUUUUAAUCAUAUUCCAGAAAAAAGUCUACAUUUCAGCUUCUCGAUUUACAAAACUUUGUAAUUUUUGUGGUUCUGCACAUAUUUCUAUGAAAAAUGGCAUCCAUGGAAAAUAAUUGCCGCAUCUGUUGUAGAACAGAAAGUUUCGAUCCGGUUUGGUUGAAUUCUUGGUCGGAAUCUUUCAAAGAAACGAUCAUGGAUAUGUUUACGUACUGCACCCAACUAGAGGUUUCAUCCGGCGAUAAGCUACCUCAAAAGAUUUGCAAUGCAUGUCUUAAGAACUUAUCAUCCGCUUUUCAAUUUCGUAAACAAUGCCGUCAGUCAAACGCAAUAUUUCAUGAUCUGUUACGGAGGAUGGAAUCCAGUGAGAUCCCGCACCGCGUCGCUCCGGGAGAAUCGAAACCAAACAUCGGUAUUGAGCAAGUCGAUGUUUCGUUCAUGGAACAACUUCAAGCGAUUAAUACCGAUCGGAUUGAACAACAGUCUGACGACGAGAAGUCUGAUCAACCGGAGAAGAAGCCGCUGUUUUUCAUGUGCUGCUUUAAGCGGUGUAACGAGAGGACAAAGGAAUACGAUAAGCUGAAGGAACACGCGACAAAAUGUCACAAAGCACGAAGGCAUGGCAAUGCGAUGAGAAGACAAAAGGAUCACCGCUUAAUAUGUAACAUCUGCCUGGGAGGAUUCUCCAAUCGAUCUCUAUGGAAGAUUCACCAAAGACGCAUUAAAAUACGACACGAACUUCACGACUGUAUCAGAUGUGGUGAGACGUUUGAUUCGGAAGAAAAAUUAGCAUUGCAUGACGGUCCAUCGGGGUGCAGGCCAGAUACGGGAGAGGAAUUUAAUGAAACAAACAAAGAAUCUGCUUUAGAGAAUGAAUUAAUUCGACGUAUAGUCGAAGCAAAAGGCACGGACGAUCUCUUGCGCAUCAGCCAAGAAGAGUAUAAAAUUGUGAAAAAUAGAACAUUCGUUGAUCGAUUACACCAAAAAGAGCUCAAGUAUUCUAAAAAACAAAUUAAACUGUAUUAUGCCUGUAAAUCGUGCAUAUUUCAAGCUGCGAGUGUUGGGGAAAUGGAAUAUCACUUCAAGAGCGGAACUUGUUCCCAAGGGUAUUCAUUUGCUAUUGGUUUUUGCCCAUUGGUGAUACGUCAGAUGAAAAGUUUGAAAUGCGAGGCUUGCAAUUACCAAUGUUACAGAAACAGGAACAUGAGGGAACAUCAGUCGAACCAAAAUCAUCAAGGGGUGCGUCGAUCGAUCAUAACACGGCUUGUGGCCGUAAGAAAUUUCCCAUGUGAAUUCUGUGGUAGAAUACUGUCAACAACAGCAAAUCGGAAGCGACAUCGGAGCAAAUGUACUUUGGCUUCUUUAAUGAGAACUAGAAAACGAAUCGAAUCGGAUAAUACGGAACCGAACAGAAUGGACACCGAUGAGCAACUGCUGAGCAAGGAACACGAUGAACUGGAAUCACUUGCAACAGAAAUCAAAAUUGAAGAGUAUGAUCCAUUAGAUAUGAUCUGUAAAGCUUCGAACGAUCCAAACCAGGAGUGCUCCGAAACACCAUCAUCACAACCCAUCAUCAUACCAGUGGAAACAAUCAAUGGAGCUAAAACCAAAAAAUUACCGCUUGUUUGUCGAUUUUGUGGUUACUCCACCAAAGUACGGGGCAAUUUAAACCGACAUAUCAGAACAUGCCGCAAGAACAUCAACCGCGAAAUACCGCCUAUUCGAAAACAAGUUGAAAGGAUAGGAUCGCUGUUUAGCUGCCAAGAUUGUGGCUAUGGGACCAAUAAACGCGGCAACAUGAAUCGUCAUCUGAAAACCUGUACUUCGAUAGUUCCUCGCAAAGAGUCCACUUAUUUUGGUUCGUCAGAUUCUGAGGGGGAAUGAAUGUGUCCAAGGGUUCAAUCAGAUAUGAUAGUAAAUGGCAUUAAACUUA